AUGCGCAUUGUGUCAUCCGAGACUGGGAAUGCGCGCGCAGGGCCGUCCACCCUUCAACCCUCCUCAGGCUUCGGUUGGCUUCUGUUUUCCCUCGCCCCGGGGAAGGCGCCCUCGCGGGCGGCAGAGGAGGAACUGGGACGAGUGACAUCAUAUGUUGGGGCUCUUGGGUACAGCCCGAUGGGGGCGGGGCCUGGUGAUGUCACCAGUUGCUGGGGCCCUAAGAAGAGCUUUGUCUCCUGUGGCCUCAAGUACCUGGGCACGCAGCAGGCAGAGACAGGAGAGGGCUCAGAUGCGGCUUAUGAUUGGAGAGUCCGUGGGAAGGGAGGGCCUCUGGAGGGACUCAGGACGCAGGCGCACUGUGCUCCCGGCGGCUGGGGAUGCACGCAUUUUGUCCCUGGCCCUGUCAGGCCGCCCCUUGCCCGUUCCCCGGCGGCCCUUGCGUGCCUGGCUCCCCGCACCCCGGGGCAGCGCCUUCGGAGCCGCAGCCACCCUCAAAGACACAGUCCCCAGAACCUCAAGGUGUGUGGACCACCCAGAAGUAAGCAGAGUAGCUGUCCAAGACCCCGGAUCCUAGGACUACCUCUGCCCACUGAGAAUACAGCCCCAGCCCAGGAGGAGGAGGAGCAAGAGGAGGAGGAGCAGAAUGGAGCAGCCCUUUCCCAGGAGCCCGUGACCUUCAGAGAUGUGGCUGUGGACUUCACCCUUGAGGAGUGGGGGUGGCUGGGCCCCGCUCAGAAACAGCUAUACCGGGAUGUGAUGCUGGAGACCUACCGGAACCUGGUCUCCCUGGGCUGGGAGACUAGGAACAAGACCCAGGAGAAAGGUUCAAAGGGGAAUGUCCCUGAAGAAGAAGCAUCCAGAGAGGGGUCGGUGGAAAGCCUCAGACCGUGUGCUCACCGCUCUGUUUUGAGGAUUGAUGAGGAAUGUGGGAGCCAGACGGCAAGACCUCAGGAGGGGGAGAGACACGUGAGGCAGGCAAUCAAACAUUGUACGGUCCCCACGGAAAGGAAACAUAAAUGUAGCGAUUGUGAGAAGGCCUUUAAUAACCGCUCAGCUCUCACUGUGCAUCAGAGAAUCCAUACUGGAGAGAAGCCUUAUAAAUGUAGCGACUGUGAGAAGGCCUUUAAUAACCGCUCAGCUCUCACUGUCCACCGGAGGAUCCACACAGGAGAGAAACCUUAUAAAUGUGGCGUGUGUGGGAAAACCUUCAGUAACAGCUCCUACCUCACUGUCCAUCAGAGGAUUCAUACAAGAGAGAAGCCUUAUAAAUGUACUGAAUGUGGGAAGGCCUUUAGCAACAGCUCCUACCUCAUUGUACAUCACAGGAUCCACACAGGGGAGAAACCCCACAAAUGUAGCGAAUGUGGGAAAACCUUCAACCACCAUUCAGAACUCGUCGUGCACCAGAGAACUUAUACUGCGGAGAAGCCUUACCAGUGCACCGAGUGUGGGAAAGCCUUCAGCAGUAGCUCCUACCUUAUUGUCCACCAGAGGAUCCACACGGGAGAGAAACCUUACACAUGUGAGCGGUGUGGGAAAGCCUUCUGCAAAUCCUCCGUCCUGGUGCAGCACCAGAGGAUUCACACGGGGGAGAAGCCUUUCCAGUGUCACCAGUGUGGGAAAGCCUUCAGGCAAUGGUCAAGCCUCAUCAAACACCACAAGAUUCACAGUGGAGAGAAGCUUUUUAAAUGUCCAGAGUGUGGCAAAGCCUUUAGUCAUCGGUCAGAGCUUGUUGAACACCAGAGGAUUCAUACUGGAGAAAAGCCCUAUGAAUGCAGUGAGUGCGGGAAAGCCUUCCGGCACCACUCGAACUUCAGUAAACAUCAGAAGAUUCAUACUGGGGAGAAGCCUUACAGCUGCGAAGAGUGUGGGAAAACCUUCACACGGAGCACCAACCUAACCCGACAUCAAAAGAUUCACUCCAGAGAGAAAAGCUAGCCCCGUCUAGUGUCUGGCACUUUAUCAUGGGAUCUUCAGAAUCUUCCUAGUCCAGCUUUAUCUCGUCUAAGCUAGUCCAGCUUUAUCUCUGCGGCAAAUAUGUUUUCUGAAAAAGCAUCUUCAAUCAACAAGCAUUGACGACAAGCCUACCAUGUGCCGAACAGUCCACGAGCUGCCAGGGGCCAGGCUUUCGUUCAUUUAAUGGUGGUAUUUAAACUAUUCACACUUAUGAGUAAUAACUUUGAUCUGUCUUCUGAUAAUUUGUUAUUGUUCAUGUUACUCAGAGGGAGUAAAAUCCAUUUCACUUUUUAAACGCACUAAAUAAAAUAAGUUAUAUAUAUUUUGGGGUAAUUCUUUUAAUUCUCUGAUAGUACUCCUGCCCCUACCCUUUUAAUAUAGAUUUGCAUUUUGCUGAUAUGAUUGUAAGGAGAAGGAGAGAAUCACGUUAUGGUGAGAAAAAAGAAUUAGGUUUGUUCCGCCUGGUCACCUAAGGCUGGGUUGUUCUUGAAGACCAAAAUGGCACAGUGUGUUGGAGUCCAGGCAUAGUAUCCGACUGGCUUAUCGAACCAGUAGGAGCUCCCAGUGCUCUGCCGUGGUCGGGAACAAAUAGUGCAGACGAACCUUUGGAGUGGAGCUCUUUCCACAUUUACAGAGAUCCUGCAAUUUUGCUUUGCUCAAAGCACAGCUCCUUUGAUCUGGGCACUCCAUGCUGGCCUGUCCUUUGCCACUGUCUCCCAUGUCACCCAAUUAGCCCCAAAAUUCUUUGGAGGGACUUUGAGCGUGUUCUGCUACUGUUUCUUUUGACCUCUGUGUGAAUUCUCUGUUAAAGGCUUUUAGGCUAAUGUAUGUUGGGACCAAGUGACCAGCCUCAGAGCUGUCCUCUCUGCAGUAGAGUGUCCACGCGUGGCAGUUCAGCUUCAGGAAGCACCUCAGUGUCUGACACUUUAUCAGGCGAUCUUCAGACGCUUCCUAAGACAACUCAAAUGGCAGCGACUCAGUUUCCUGGCCCAGUGCUGAUGGACUGUCCAGGUUUCAUAGGUGUACCACAAUGAGAUCAGCACAAGGGCUCUGUAGAUCUUCAGUUUGCUAGGCAGCCUAAUACCUCUUCUCACUCACACUUUCCUUCAGGGCUGCCUAAACACUGAACUAGCUCUGGCCAUAUGUGGACACUCUUGAAAGUAGGUGAACUUAUCCACAACAUUCAAAACAUCUCCAUUUGUUGUAAUUAAUAGGUCCAUAUGUGGAUGGCAUGGUGCUUGUUAGUGGAACAAUAAAACCCAUUUUAUUUGUGUUAUCAGGCCAAAAUUAGCACAAGUGGAAGAGAAUUGAUCCAUCUCUUGUUGCCUCUUAGCUUCAGAGUCUACACUGAAUGCAAUCAAGCGCAAUCCAAGAGUUGUGCACCAAAUCUCCUUCCACCUUAGUCUUGGUUUGGAGCUUUUUCAAGUUAAAUAAUUUACUGGCAGUGAGGGAGCUGACCUGGGUACCAUUUUCACCCUUGCUGAAGGCAUCACUGAAAACUUUUUAGCAUGGAAACAUCAUGCUAAAAAGCAUAGGAGCAAGCACACAGACCUGCUUCACUUCACUGGGCACUGGGCAAGUGCAAGAGCAUCAUACCGAACCCAGGCAAGCUUGUCACCACGAAACUGACAUACAAUACGGAUGAUCAAUACUGAUGAUGAGUUUCUCUGGGCAACCAGAUUCUGACACCGUUUUUCAUAAGCCCUCAAGACCAACAGUACCUUGGUCGUUGUGUAUAGACCUCUGUUCUGCUCCUGGCAUUUCUCCUGAAGUUGCUGACCAUAAAUCAUAUUGACCAUCUCUUUGUCCUUUCUGAAACCAUAGUGGUUCUCAGGUAGAUUUCCUUCCAGGUAAAAGGUCAGUCUAUCAAAGAGGAGUCUGGCAAAAGUUUUGCCAUCAAUGACAGUCACAGGACAGCCUAUUUCCUUUACCUUUAUAGAGAUGGACACUGGAGGCAUUCCUGAACUCCUGGGGGACAAUCAUAUAACCCAGAAGAUUUCAGUCAGCUUUUUGUUGAGCAAUGGACCCCUUGCCUUGUAAAUCUCAACUGGACUAGAUUCAGCUUUAUGUGCCUUGCCAAAUGAGAGGACCUAAUGGCACUCAAAACCUCUUCAGUUGAAAUUUUUGCUAGAGAGGUCUUGACUUGAACCUGAGAUAACUAGUCAGUGGCUUCAGAGAACAUUAUGGAAGUGUUCAGCCUUUCUCUUCAGCAUUAUUCCUCAUUACUAAUCAAUGUGGCUCCCUCAGCACUGAGUAGGUGAGAUAUGGCCUGUGUCUUUGGUCCAUAAAUAACCCUCAGGACAUCACAAAAGCACUUUAGGUUGUUCUUAACAGUAUAAAACUGCCUUCUUGCGGAGCCUGGAAUCCUUCAUUUCUAAGCUCACUUGCACUUUACUUUUGAUGGAAUUAAACCCUGUCUUAGAGAUGUUUUAACUAUCUUGCUGGUAAACCCUGGGGAGUUCUCAUUUUUAAUUUGUCAGUUUCUGAAUUUUUUCAUUGUUUUUGUUAAAUGAGUCUUGAUGUUUUUAAGUGUUCUAGCCCAGAUGAGUAAAUGUGGUGCUGUACACAACCUCUGACCACUCCUUUUCUGUUCCACUCUUGCCAAUAUGUGUUGGCUCAGCUUUCACUCCAAGUUAACAAUGAACUGUUCUUGUUUGGAGAAGUACUGUGAACUUUUGACAUUAACCUUUUGGGAGUUGUCUUGCUCUGGGGUCACUACAUUUUUAAAAAUGCAAAUAUUUAGCUUGGAAAACAUGUCUGUGAUCAGAAGUCCAGCACUCUGCGCCUCACGUUGCCUUUGUCACUCUUGCAUCCUGUCUGCCUCUUUUCCUAAUGAUCACAGAGACUAUUAUUUGCUAUGUAUUUGCUAUGAGCCAGUAUUUGCUAUGAGGCUGUAUCCGUGAAGUUUUAUUGCAUUUAGGCAAAUGGAAGACAGUACUGGUGAUGAAGUCAUGCACAAAUCAUCAGUAGUGUCACAGCUAUUGCUGUGUGUUUCUGACUUCACCCCUCCAAAGACUCCCUGUCAGGUCUUGAAGACUGUACCUUUUCUUGCAUUAAAGUCACCCAGAAUUAUAA